AUGCGUCAGGAAAAAGGUUGCAAAAAGAACAGCUGCCGCCGCCACCGAGCGAUUUGUGAGUCUGCUGAGUCUGCUGUCCUGCCUGAGGAUUGGGAGAAACGGCUUCAAUACCUCUUGAAAGCAAACAACGAGCUGCUCAUCGAAAAGCUGCAGAAUCUGACUCGGGUGAGUGUGGUGGAUCGUCUGAGCAAAGUUACCACAGAGAGUGAGACUUCAGCCUACGUGCACCUCAGAACAACAACAGGCACACGCCCGAGCUUUUCUCCAAAUCUGCCAGAAGAGCUGCUUGAAGAGGCGGAAGAUGGUGAAGAGGAGGAGCCAGAGGUCAACCUCUCACGACGUGCGAGCGACAAGAAACGCGUUUCAAUGACUUCCUUGGGCUCCGAGGAGGAACGAGCUCACAUGGAAAAGCUCAAGAAAUCCCAGAAGCAAAGGCAAAGCCGGGAGUUGAGGUACAAUCGUUCCAGCAGCACUUUAGCAAGUGCUCAGAUUACUGUGGCCAUCAAAAGCAUCGUGUCUUCAUGGACCUUUGAAGCUCUCUUUGCUUUUGCCAUCUUGUCGAACAGCAUUUUCAUCGGAGUGGAAGUGCACUUUGCAGCCCACAAUAGGGAAGGCUUGCCACCUGCCUUCUUCUACAUCGACCAGACCUACGCCGCACUCUUCUUGAUCGAACUGGUGCUGCGAAUUCUCGCUGAGCGGCUUCCGUUCUUUUGGUCCUCUCCAAAUGUGAUGUGGAACUACCUGGAUAUUCUCAUCAACAUCACCUCGGUGUUGAACCUGGUGUCUUUUAUUGCCAGCACCGGACAAGAUGCUGACUCAUUCAAAGCAUCUGGGAACGUCCGAAUCAUCCGGAUUCUACGACUGACCAGGGUCAUCCGGGUGGUGCGCAUCGUGAAAAUUGUACGCUUCAUCCGGGCGCUGAGAUCACUAGUGCACUCCAUUUUUGGAACUUUGAAGGUACUGCUAUGGUCUGUUCUGCUUCUUGUGAUGAUCAUGUACGUCUUUGCAAUCGUCUUUUGUGAUGUGUCAAAUGAGUAUCUGGGUGGUUUCGAGGACGUGUCCGAUACAGGCAAAACGUUCUUGGAGCGGUACUUCGUUGACCUGGAACGCUCCAUCAUGACGCUGUUUCAGAGCAUUGUGAAUGGAUUAAAUUGGGGGGAUGUGGCUGAUGAGCUCAACAAGCUCAGUCGAAUCUGGGGCUAUUUGUAUGUUGUCUAUAUUGCAUUUUGCAUGUUUGCCGUGUUAAACGUGAUGACCGGGAUGUUCUGCCAAUCGGCGAUUGAGAGUGCAGAACGUGACCAAGAGCUGCACGUCCAAGCGGUCUUGAAUACCAAGCAGCAGCAGGUGGAGAUGUUCAUGUCUAUUUUCCACAUGCUGCAGAAGGACCGUGGGCGACGUGCAUCGCACAACCAGAACUUGACCUUCACGGAGUUUGAGCAUUUGUUUGACCAGCCACACAUCCGCUCGUUCUUCCAGGCAUUAGAUGUUGAGACCAAAGAUGCUUGGACACUCUUCAAGCUCAUGGACGUCUCAGGCCACGGUGAUAUUGAUGCUUCGGAGUUUGUGGAAGGUUGCAUGCGUUUGAAGGGUCCUGCUCGAGCCAUCGACAUGUCCAUCCUCAUGCAGGAACAGCGGCGGAUGCGAAAGAAGUUGGUGAGUAUGGAGCAGGUUCUUUUGGACUCGUUAGGGCGACCUCGAACCCGAACGCACUCCUCAGCCACCAUGACUGCUGCUUCACUACCUUCUCAAGUGAUUCCCUUUGAAGAGGUUGUGUCGAUGUAG